UAAUCAGCAGAAACAUGGCAACCAAAAAUCUACUAGUUUUUGUUGCACUAGUUGUGGUAGUGGUUCUAAGUCCAUGCAAUGCAUUGAUCAGAGUCCUUGAAAAAGAUGCAAUUUGUGAAGAUGUGAAUGCUUGCUUUGAAUAUUGUGAAAAUUUUGUAGACGGGAUUACUGGACUUCCAACCCGUGAGUGUUGUGACAACUUAAUGAUAUUGAAUGGCAAGGUAAAAUACGAGGACGAUGGGGUUCGUAGGUAUUGUUCAUGCAUCGUAGACUUCAGUAAUAGCCACUAUCAUCCUCCUUAUCUCCAAUCCAGGAUCGAACAACUUUAUUUAAUAUGCGACAUUCAUCUUAGCUUCCCCAUCUCUGAGCACAUGGAUUGCUCUAAGCUUUAGUAAGAACUUGUAGUUGAGGAGGAGCUGUUCUCUGGGGUCUAAUGCUAUAAUAAUUGUUAAAUAUUUGUACUUUCAUCUUUUCCUGAACUUUGAAAGAAGUAUGAUGAUGUGUAUUAUAUCUAUGUUUGGUUAACAAGGUUAAGUUGGAAUUUAUGGAGCAAAGCUUUGUGUUUCAA